AUGAGUUCCGCCUCCAGCGAGCCGGGCAACGGGGACUCUGCCGAGCGGUCCCGGCUGGGGCUGGACGCUGUGAUCCAGAGGCUGGAGGACACCGUCCUGAGCCCCGUGGCCAGCAGAGAAGACCGGGCGCUGACCGUGCAUGGGGGAGGCUGGCGGGCCUCACCCAUCCCCGUGCCUGCCCGCAUCCGUGAGAUUGUGGCUGGCAGCCUGGGCGAGGAGCCGCCCCAAGCGCUGCGGGAGCCGCCAGCCGCCUCGGCCCACGUGCAGGAGGAGCUGUCCCGGCUGGAGGAGCUGCUGGCCCAGGCGGGGGCCGAGCGGGAUGAGCUGGCCGGCAGGUACCACGCAGUCAGCGAGCGGCCGCAGGCCCGGCUGGAGGCCACCGAGGCUCGGCUGCAGAGGUCAGAGCAGAAGCACAGCGUCGACCUGGAGGAAGCCCUCGGCCGGUUAGAGGCUGCCGAGCAGAGGAGCACCGGCCUCUCCCAGGUGAACACCCUCCUGCGGGAGCAGCUAGGACACAUGAAGAAGGCCAACGACAGACUGGUCGAGGAGCUGGCGGGUUCGACGUGCAGCAUGCUCCGCCUGCGGGCUAAGCUGGAGCUGCGGGAGAGGCAGCGCUGGACCCAGAGAGAGACCCAGUGUACUCGCACGGUGGGACACCAGGAUGUCCUCCUCCUGCAGAGACAGGUCACAGCCCUCCGUGGACACCUGGCUGAGCUGCGUGCAGCCACCGAGAGGGGCCUCGCUGACAUGCGAGUGGACGUGGCCAGGACGGCCCAGCGCCUGCACACGGCCUGCCUGAACCUCGGCUCCAACCUGCGGCUGACGGCCAGCCACACAGCCAGCGGCCUGGAGCCGCAGCUGCAGGACAAUGUGCGGGGUCGCUGGGACGCCGAGAAGGUGGCACUCCAGGCCAGACUCUGGGAGCAGACGUUGCUGGUGAGGAAGCUCACAGAGCAGAACGCGGACAAGGAGGAAACCAUCUCCUCCCUCAGAACGGAGGUUCAGGAGCUGGAGUCCCAUCGCAGUGGAGGCCGGCGGGCCCCGGGAGACUUGAGGGCUGAGGCGGAAUCCCUGCAGCUCACCUUGGACAGCAUCACAAAGGUGGCGCAGGCAGACGUGGGGUGUCCGGAGCCAGCCUGGAGCGGCAGCACCGAAGGCCAGGAGGCGCAGGGCCAACCAAGGAGCCCCCCACGGGCCGCGUUCCCCCCACGGGGCUGCUCCCCGGCCGCCCUGGACCCUGUGCUGUGGGCUGUGCAGGUGGUCAUUGAGAGGCGGCGGCAGCGGGAGCAGGAGCUGCGCCGGCAGCUGGAGUCCUCCGAGGCAGCGGCCACCGGGCUCCACAAGCAGCUGUCCGAGAGCCAGCGGGAGCUGCGGGCCUCGCGGAGGCUCCUGCAGGAGCUGAGGCAGGAGCAGGCCCGGGAGCGCCAGGUCCUCCUGGGCAAGCUGGGGGCGCAGCGCUGCCGGGAGUCCAGCGAGCUCCGGGGAAGUCAAGGGCGCCUGGAGCAGCUGGAGGAGAAGGUCUCGGGGCUCAAGAAGGAGCUGGUGUCGGCCCAGGAGGUGCUGGACACAGUGCGGCUGCAGAGGGAUGUCCUGGAGAGUGAGGGGGAGGUUCUGCGCAGGGCCCUGGCCCAGGCCGAGUCCAGCAAAACCAACCUGGAACUGCUCGUGUGCCAGCUCAAGGCGGAGGGAGUGGAGCAGAGACACUCCCUGGCUGACAUGGCUGCCCUGAUGGCGGGGCUGGCUCGGGACAAAGGCUCCCUGAGCCACCUGGUCCUGCAGGUCACAUGCAAGAAACAGGUCCUGAAGGAGCAGCUGGCCCAGAGCCUGCAAGACCAGGAGGCCCGCAUGGACACGCUCCAGAAGGCCCUGCAGGAGAAGGAGGCUUUGUCUGAAGAGCGGGCCCAGCUGCUGGCCAAGCAGCAGGCCCUGGAGAGGCAGGGCCAGCUCACAGCUGAGGAGGCAGCUGACCUCAGGGCCGAGAGGGACUCCCUGGAGAACAGCCUCUUUGAGGCCCAACAGCUGGCGUCACAGCUGCAGUCACGGCAGGAGCAGCUGGAGGGAGAGGCCCAGAGUGCGAGGCUGGCCCGGCAGGCCCUGCAAGUGCAAAUGGAGCAGCUGAAGUGCACCUGGGAGGUCCAGGAGAAGAAGCUGCAGAGGGACGUGGGGCGGCUCUUGCAGCAGGUGGUACAGCAGGAGCAGGACACGCAGCUGGCCCUGGAGAGCCAGGCGCUGGCCCACCUCGAGGACCUAGCCCGGCUCCAGAGGGAGAAGGAGACCCUGAGUCUGUCUCUGACAGAGGAGAAGGAAGUGGCAGCACGCAGGCUGGAACAGGAGAAGGAGCUGGUGGCAAAAAGUGCAGCCAAGAGGGAGGCUCUGCAGGAGGAAAUUCAGAGCCUGAAGCAUGAGCGGGAUGAGAGUCUCCUUCAGCUGGAACAUGAGAUGCAGCAGGCCCUGUCUCUGAGAGAAGCGGAGAUCAGCCAGCUGAGGGAGGAGCUGUCCAGGGCCGCGUGGGAGCUGGAGCUGGUGCAGCACGAGGCCCGGGGCCGGCAGGAGCGAGCCGAGGCCACCAUCAGCGCCACGACCGCAGACCUGAAGGCCCUGCAGGCCCACUUUGAGGACGCCGUCUCGGCCCAUCAGAGGGAGGCCAGGGCUCUGGGCGAGAGGCUCCGGGAGAUGGCGGCCCAGCGGAGCAGCGCCAGGAGAGAGGCCGAGAGGCUGCGGGCACAGCUGGACAAGGCCCAGGAGGGGCUGGCGGCCCUGCGCCAGGAGCUGCAGGGCAGCGAGGAGAGCCGGGAGAGGCUGCACAGGGAGGCCCUGGACGCCCGCCGGGCACUGGAGGAUGAGGCCCGAGAGAAGGACAUGCUGCGGGAUUCCAACACCGAGCUGCGGGCCACCAUCCGCAGAGUCGAGCAGGAGAAGGCCAGCUUUCAGCAUUCCAAGGAGGAGAAGGCGCAGAAGGUGCUGGUCCUGGAGGAGGCCCGGGCAGCGGCUCAGAAGGAGGCCGGCAAGCUGCGGGCCCUUCUGCAGGGGGCAGAGCAGGCACGGGCAGACGCCCGCCGGCAGCUCCAGGAGCUACGCAGACAGGUGAUGUCACUGGAGGCCGAGAACCAGAGGAAGAGCCAGGAGCUGCGCCGGAUGCAGGUCCGGGGCGCACAGGGUGUGCAGCAGGGGACGCUGGAGCUGCAGAGGCUGGCGGCCGAGGCACAGGCAGCCAGAGAGGGCUCACAGAGGGAGGUCCUGAGGCUGCAGCACACCCUGGUGGAGGCGGAAGCCAGGGCCGCGGCCCAGGAGAAGCAGCUGGAGGAGCGCCUCUGCGAGAGCCGGGGCACCGAGCGGGCCCUCUGGGCCGAGCUGCACAGCGUCAUCAGGAAGCUGCAGCAGGCCAGCGGCACGGCCGAUGGCCUCCAGGCUCGCCUGGACGGGGCCUGCCAGCGGCUCGGCAGCCUGCAGCAGGAGGUGGCCCAGGCCGAGGGUGCCAGGAGGGAGGCGGAGGCCCAGCUGGGCCGGCUGUGGUCCACACUCCGCCUGGGCCUGGGGCUCCGGGGACAGAGCCCCGUGGCCUCCCCCAAGCGGCCCGGCUCCCCUGCCAAAGGCUCAGAGGGCACCCAGGGUUCCCCUGGGCGGCAGAGUGCCAGCACCCCCGGCCGGUCCCACUCGCCGCUCCGAUGGCCCUCACCUGCCCCGGGAGACUGCAGCACAGAGGGGGCCGUGGCCUCGGUGAGGGACGCCCUGAGGGACUUGGCGCAGAAGCUGCGGGAUGCCCGGCGGGAGCGGGAAUGGGGGCGGGGAGCGGCGGGGAGCCUAAGCAUCCGGCUGAGCGAGGCCGAGCAUGAGCGCGCCCGAGCCCGGAGCCACGCGGGCAGUGCAGAGGGCCUGGCCGAGGCGGAGGAAGGCCGGCGCCAGGCGGAGGGUGAGCUGAGCGGCGCACAGGCUGCAUGGGCCCUGCAGGAGGAGGUGUCCCCGAGGCGCGGAGGAGCGAGGCUCCAGACCCUCCGAUCAGAUUCCCCACUGCACGUGAUCUGGUCAGACGCCAGGUGCCACAGCCUCACCUGCAGCACACCCCGGGCCGUGCUUCCAGGCGGCCUGUGCCUCCCUCUUCCAGAAGCACUGGACACGCGGCACCAGGCCCUGGACGAGGGCAGAAGGCACAGGCAGGGCCUGGCCCAGAGGGCGCUGCUAGAGGAGAAGGUCGCCCCCCUGGAGCGCAGCGGCGGCGGGCGCAGCGCGCGGAGAGGCGUGUCCUGCGGGAGGAGCAGCCGCGCUGCGCCCCGGGCGGCCCGCCUGCAGGGGGAGCUCGCGGUGCACCGGGCCCAGACCGAGCUGAGGAGGGAAGGGGACAACGUGAGGGCGGGGGCCGAGAAGGAGCCGCUGGACCAUACCUGCCUGCACCAGGAAGCGGACAGGGCCCUGAGGCAAAACCAGCUGGGCUCCAUGCACCCCAGUCUUGGGAGUGCCUGGGGUCUCUCCUAUGCCCAGCGGCUCCAGGAGCUGGCCGCCCAGCACCAGCGAGACCUGGUGGUGGAGGCCGAGCGGCUGCACGGGGCCCAUGUACAGGCUGCACAGGCCCUGGCGUCCCGAGAGAGGACCCACCACCGGCAGCGGGUGAAGGUGCUGGAGAAGCAGGUGGCCAGCCUGAAGGAGCCGCGGGACCAGGAAGUGCAGCAGCGGCGACGAGCCCGCCUCGGCCAGGCCUUCCAGGCCAAGGACUCUGUAAACAUGGGGAAACACGUGGAAAACAUUUCCACCAACUGAAGCCAAAAACAUAAUGUCCCGCAGGGCCAGCUACCACAUCCCUGCGCACAGAGGCGGCAAGACCUCCGUAUCCAGGAACUGCAGGGCCGUCACGGUGGCAGAGGCGACCGGAGCGCGGCCCGGCCGAGCGGCAGCGACCGGCAGCGGGACUCCGAAGUCCACCAACGGCGCGGCCGCGCUCCCCGCACGCCCGGCCGGCCGGCCCUGCGGGCCACUCCCGACCGCGGCCUCGCUCCUGCCCCGCGGUGA